AUGUGCUGCGGCAACUCUGCAACAGCAGCAGCAGCAGCUGCGGCAGCAGCAACACGCGUUGCAGCAGCAAUAGUUGUGGCAGCAGCAACAGCUGUGGCAGCAGCAACAGCUGUACCAGCAGCAGCAGCUGUACCAGCAGCAGCAGCAGCAGCAGCACUUCUUGCGGAAGCGCUUAUGUGGAAGCAGCAGCUGCGGAAGCAGCUGCAGCGCCAACAACUGCAGGGCUAUGGGGCUUUCUUGCAUUUUGCAACUCUUUAUUUCAUAUUUGUGACGGACGAGCUGGAGAGCGAGCUGGGGAUUCUUGACCUCAUUCAAGUGUUCGUACAGGUCUUAGAUGCCUGCUUUGAAAAUGUCUGCGAACUGGACCUCGUCUUUCACCACGAGAAGAUUAAUUACAUUCUUGACGAAAUAAUUUCGGGAGGUGAGGCACAGCCCGCAGGCCAGAAUAUGCGAGCCCAGCACUUUACGUGA